AUGAGCCGUCGAGCUGCACCGAGCGCCUCGUUUAGCCCAGCUAACAUGCUGAACGCCACGGCCACACCGGAACAAACUCCACCCGGGGGCCACAGCACCCAAAAGUUCAUGAAUGAACAUCACAAGCCAUCGUGGGCUACUGGUGCGCUCUGCGUCGUGAGUUUGUGCAUCGUGCUUUCAUGUGUUGUGUGCAUUUGGAAAAAACGCUUGAUAAAGAAAGACAAGGACAAAGAAAAGGACAAGAAAAAGGAGAACGAGAAAAGCAAGGGAGGCUUUGACACUGAAAUGGAUGGGGGUCACGAUGAGACCACAAAGCAUGAAAGCAAAGAAACAAACCUCUCACAAACUGAGCCCAAGGAGGUCGAGAAGCUCGGCAGACUACGUUUCACAUUAGACUACAACUUCACAGAAAAUAUACUGGUUGUAGGCAUCCUGCAGGCCGAGGAGCUUCCUGCCAUGGAUGUAGGAGGUAGCUCCGACCCUUACGUUAAACUAUAUCUGCUCCCAGACAAAAAGAAAAAGUUUGAAACCAAAGUUCAUCGAAAGACACUGGAGCCAAACUUCAAUGAGACAUUCACCUUUAAGGUGCCGUAUACAGAUCUGGGAGGCAGGACGCUGGUGAUGACCGUGUACGACUUUGAUCGUUUCUCAAAGCACGACGCCAUCGGAACUGUGAAGAUCCCGAUGAGCAGCGUGGACUUCAGCCAGUCUCUGCAGGAGUGGAGAGAUCUGCAGAAGGCAGAGAAAGAGGAGAGCGAGCGACUUGGAGACAUAUGUUUGUCCCUGAGGUAUGUUCCUACUGCAGGGAAGCUGACUGUGGUAGUCCUGGAGGCCAAAAACUUGAAGAAAAUGGACGUGGGUGGAUUAUCUGACCCUUAUGUGAAGAUCCACUUAAUGCAGAGUGGGAAAAGACUCAAGAAAAAGAAAACUACGAUCAAGAAAAACACGUUGAACCCUUACUACAACGAGUCAUUCAGCUUUGAAGUGCCAUGCGAACAGAUAGAGAAGGUGCAGAUAGCAGUGACUGUGCUGGACUAUGACAAGAUUGGGAAGAAUGAUGCCAUCGGGAAGUUGUUGUUGAGUGGAAACAGCAGUGGGACAGAGCUACGCCACUGGUCAGACAUGCUGGCCAACCCCCGGAGGCCAAUCGCCCAGUGGCACAGCCUCAAACCAGAGGAUGAAGUCAAUGCACUCAUAUCCAACAAGAAAUAGACCCCAACAGAUGCAUUUACUUCCAAUGGACAUUUUCCCACUUUUUAAAAUACCUCUGCAUUGAAAUGUUUAACAUAUUUACUUAAUAA